CAUUUUACGCUGUCUGCUGCUUCUUCGUCAUCGCAGAAACGAAUAAAAAAGACCUGCGUUUCACUUUUUAGAAAAUUCGUCCAAAAUUUCUUAAAAUAUCUUCCCUAUAGUGAUUAAAUUCAUACCUGAUUGUGUAUGUUCAGUGUCGAACCGUACCUGCCAAGCACCGUGCGGUGAAACGGUAGCAUAAUCGACGCGUUCCCGAGUGUGCCUCCAGAUAACAGCCCACAAAAAUCGAUUAUUGAUCUUACCCUUCAAGGCAAGAAUGGCUACAAAGGCGACACCGACCGCGACGGGUACCGUCCCGGGUGCCCGCGGUGUGGCUCGUGUGCUAGCAAAACUGGAAGCUUCGAUUGAGUCCGGAAACUAUUACGAAGCCCAUCAGAUGUAUCGCACACUGUACUUUCGGUAUCUGUCACAGAAAAGGUACGAGGAGCUACUGGAUCUUUUGUACAAGGGCGCUCUGACGUUGUUAAAUCAUGACCAGCAUACGAGUGGGGCAGAUCUUGGAAUGCUUAUCGUCGAUACACUGGAGAAGGCUAAAAUAGUGGAAGAAGCUGACAAAUGGAUGCAAAAAAUUGCAUUGUUGCUUAGUAAAAUUCAACCAAGUGUAGUUGAGAGGGAAACGCUUUUGGUGAAGGCCGUCAAAUGGAGUGCUAGCGUAUCAAACUCGCAGGUGGGGCACCCGCUGAUGCACAAGCUAAUCGCACAGAUUAUGUGGAAUGAAGACAAUCUGGCCCAAGCGCGACAUCAUUUUCUACUCUCAAAGGACGGAAACAGUUGCGGUCAUAUGCUGAUCCAGCUCAGCCAAACCAAGGGUGUACCGUCGGAAAUGGAUCUAUUUAUAGCUCAGGUUAUAUUGCAACAGCUAUGUCUCAAGGAAAUUGCGACGGCGGCGGAAACAUUCGCUACCUACACCAAGUACCACCCGAAGAUUGCUUGCAGUGAACCACCGUUCAUCACACCGUUGCUGAAUUUCAUUUUCUUUCUGCUGCAAGCGAUUGAGGCUAACCAGCGUAAACUGAUUGUAUUUCGUACUUUAUGUGAACUGUACAAGCAUUCACUGGAGCGAGAUCCAUCCUACGAAAAAUAUCUGCAAAAGAUUGGCGUUAUAUUUUUUGAAGCCAGCCAGCCGCAAAGACCACAAACCGAGGGAAUAGGAGGAAUCUUCGGAGACCUGCUAAGUCAAUUCUUCCAGGGACUGGAUGAUGAUCUGGAUGACGAACCGGCUUCCGGCAGUGAUCAGCGAACAGGAACAGCAGCAACCGGUCAAGCGGUCAAGGAGGAACUGGAUUAGCUGCGAACUGCGCUAUAAAAUUUUGUUUUAGUUUGCUUGCUAUUGGGCUUUGAGUGGUAGCGAUGCUAGAGCUGAGCCGGUGACCAUCGACACGACUAGUGCCGAAGGAGGAAUUCAUCAGACAGAUUUUAAUGUCCUAAAGCUUCACUAAGAGUUGUAUCCACCUAACCGUCUGUCUAGUGAGUUCAGCUAAUCGGAUAAUAAAUAGUCUAAUCAUGAAAAGGACAUAUUAUAUGCGUUUUUUUUGUAAAUAAAGACAUCCUUAUGUGAAAGUGACAAAUA